GUUUUUUGUUUCAGUUUCUCCGAUCAAUAUAUAAUAAUUAAGAUGUGUUCAAUGGUGAAAGAUAUUUUGAUAAGGCCAACAGCAGCAGCAAGAAGAAGAAUAGUAGUGAAGGAGAAAUUUGAAGAUCAUCAGAUUAAUAUUAUUAGGGCGGCUCAGCCUUGUUCCGCUAGAGUGAGCCGCCGCUGGUCCACCACGGCUCGAGCCACUUUGAGCCAUGGCUCUAGAACCAAGCCGAUUCCACGAGCCAUACUUACUACUCCUGUUUCAGACCCAACCCCUACCACUAAAAAGAGGGUAUCUCACUUUCGGCAAGGGAAGGAGUGAGGGAAACAAAGGCAUGAAAUCUUUGUUGGGAGGAAAGGGCGCGAAUCUUGCUGAGAUGGCGAGCAUCGGGUUAUCAGUGCCACCUGGACUCACCAUCUCCACAGAGGCAUGUCAAGAGUAUCAGCAAGUAGGGAAGAAGCUUCCAGAAGGAUUAUGGGAUGAAAUAAUCGAAGGUUUGAAUAUUGUGGAGAAGGAUAUGGGAGCUUUUCUCGGUGACCCAUCGAAGCCUCUUCUCCUCUCAGUUAGAUCUGGUGCUGCUAUUUCGAUGCCUGGAAUGAUGGACACGGUUCUGAAUCUCGGCCUCAAUGAUGAGGUAGUUGCUGGUUUGGCUGCCAAAAGUGGAGAGCGUUUUGCGUACGACUCUUAUAGGCGAUUCUUGGACAUGUUUGGGAAUGUAGUUAUGGGCAUCCCGCAUUCACUGUUUGACGAAAAACUGGAAACGAUGAAAAACGCGAAAGGAAUAAACCUCGAUACUGAUCUAACAGCCGCUGAUCUAAAAGAGCUUGUUGAAGAGUACAAGGUUGUCUACUAUGAAGCUAAGGGCGAAAACUUCCCAUCGGAUCCGAAAAAACAGCUGGAAUUGUCUAUCAAAGCAGUUUUCGAUUCGUGGGAUAGUCCGAGGGCGAACAAAUAUCGGAGCAUUAAUCAAAUAACUGGUCUGAAAGGAACAGCUGUAAAUAUUCAGUGCAUGGUAUUUGGAAACAUGGGAAAUACCUCGGGAACAGGUGUUCUCUUUACUAGGAAUCCUAGUACCGGCGAAAACAAGCUUUAUGGGGAAUUCUUAAUUAACGCUCAGGGAGAAGACGUUGUGGCGGGAAUUAGAACACCGGAGGAUUUGAAUACGAUGAAGAACUGUUUGCCCGAGGCUUACAAGGAGCUCGUGGAGAAUUGUGAGAUAUUAGAGAGACACUACAAAGAUAUGAUGGACAUUGAAUUCACUGUACAAGAAAAUAGGCUAUGGAUGCUACAGUGUAGAUCAGGGAAACGAACGGGUAAAGGAGCUGUAAGAAUAGCUGUGGACAUGGUGAACGAAGGUCUCGUUGAUACUCGAAGUGUGGUGAAGAUGGUGGAGCCUCAGCAUCUUGACCAGCUUCUUCAUCCGCAGUUUGAGGAUCCAUCUUCUUACAAAGACCAUGUACUAGCCAAGGGAUUGCCUGCUUCUCCCGGAGCGGCAGUUGGACAGGUUGUGUUCUGUGCUGAAGAUGCCGAAACUUGGCAUGCACAAGGAAAGACUGUUAUCUUGGUAAGAACCGAAACGAGCCCCGAAGAUGUAGGUGGGAUGCAUGCAGCUGUCGGAAUUUUGACCGCUAGAGGUGGCAUGACAUCUCAUGCGGCGGUGGUGGCUCGCGGUUGGGGAAAAUGUUGUGUCUCCGGCUGCCCCGAUAUACGUGUAAAUGAAUCCGAGAAGGUGGUUUUGGUGGGAGAUAAAGUAGUUAAAGAAGGAGAUUGGAUGUCGCUUAAUGGAUCUACGGGUGAAGUGAUAUUCGGAAAACAGCCGCUUGCACCUCCGGCUAUGACCGGUGAUUUGGAGGUUUUCAUGGCUUGGGCUGAUCAAAUUAGGCGGCUCAAGGUCAUGGCAAAUGCCGAUACACCUGAAGAUGCACUUACAGCUCGAAAUAACGGAGCUGAAGGGAUCGGUUUGUGUAGGACAGAGCACAUGUUCUUUGCUUCUGAUGAGAGGAUUAAAGCUGUAAGAAAGAUGAUAAUGGCAGUAACAGUCGAACAAAGGAAGGCGGCUCUAGACUUGUUGUUGCCUUAUCAACGAGCCGAUUUCGAGGGCAUCUUUCGUGCAAUGGAUGGUCUUCCGGUGACAAUCCGACUACUCGACCCUCCACUCCAUGAAUUUCUUCCGGAAGGUGACAUAGAACAGAUUGUCGGAGAACUAACAGUUGAUACUGGCAUGACUGAAGAUGAAGUUUAUACGAGAAUCGAGAAAUUAUCCGAAGUUAAUCCAAUGCUUGGAUUCCGUGGAUGCAGGCUGGGAAUAUCGUACCCAGAGCUGACGGAAAUGCAGGUGCGUGCAAUAUUUCAGGCGGCAAUCUUGUUGAGCAACCAGGGCUAUACAGUCCUGCCGGAGAUUAUGGUUCCUCUUAUCGGAACACCUCAGGAAUUGAGUCAUCAGGUGAGUUUGAUUCGCGGGGUGGCGAAGAAAGUGUUCUCGGAGAUGGGAACCUCGUUGAACUACAAAGUUGGCACCAUGAUUGAAAUUCCUAGAGCUGCUUUAGUUGCAGAUGAGAUAGCAGUGGAGGCAGAAUUUUUCUCGUUCGGGACAAACGAUCUCACACAGAUGACAUUUGGAUAUAGCAGAGACGAUGUAGGCAAAUUUCUUCCUAUAUACUUGGCUAAGGGCAUUCUCCAAAACGAUCCAUUCGAGGUUCUUGACCAAAAGGGCGUUGGACAGCUCAUCAAAAUGGCAACGGAAAGAGGCCGUGCAGCUAGACCUAACCUCAAGGUGGGAAUAUGUGGAGAGCAUGGUGGUGAGCCUUCUUCUGUGGCCUUCUUUGCGGAAGCUGGACUCGAUUACGUCUCUUGCUCUCCUUUUAGGGUGCCUAUUGCAAGGCUGGCUGCAGCUCAAGUUGUUGUCUGAGGUGAAAAAAUAUUGAAACACACACUUUUCUGAAUUAAUCAGAUGUUGUAUAUCUAUAUAUAUGCACAUAUAUGUAUGUAUAAAUAAAAGAGAUUCUACACAUAAGAUUAUCCUCUCUAUUAGAAGAGGGUAAGAGUUGAAUGUAAAUGUCAAUGCAAAUUUUCAAACCACUUCAAUAGUAUGUUAAUUACAUAAUUUUAUCACGUC